AUGGGAAAGAAGGGAUACAGGAGAGGAUGGGGAAAUGGGAGGGUGAGAGCAUGGGAGACCAGGGAGGAGGGCCGUGACAGCGGGAAGUUUGGAGAGGUUAUUCAGUGGAUAUCCGCUGCGAAUUCCCCGACGCGGGUACACACCGAGGCUUCACCUCGAUUAAGGUCGGCUCCCAUAUCGGUGAGGUCUUCGGUCUAUGUUUCCGGAAACUCCCACACGGAAACCAUCAAGGUUCUCGACGGAUACAGCCCACACACGUCCUCAAGACCGCUUAUGUCAUCCGAUCACGUGCAGAGACCCACACAAGCUCCCCAAGCUCCCCCUUCGCUCACCGAGCUCACCGAUAACACCGAGACCGCCGCCUCCAUCUCCACCAAACCUCCUGUCGUCCCCAAAAAUCCGCCGCAGAAACCAUCACAGCUUUGGAUGACUCUACAAAGCCAUUGCGCCUCCACAAUGGCCGCGAUCCCCUUUCUUCCUCCCUAA